AUGUCCGUCGUCUCGCUACUAGGUGUCAAGGUGCUGAACAACCCCGCCAAAUUCACCGACAAGUACGAGUUUGAGAUCACAUUCGAGUGUUUGGAGGCGCUCGAGAAAGACCUUGAAUGGAAGCUUACUUACGUCGGUUCUGCUACCUCCGAUCAGUAUGACCAAGAACUUGACUCACUACUGGUCGGACCGGUCCCUGUCGGUGUGAAUAAGUUCUUGUUUGAGGCCGAUGCUCCUAAAACUACGCGAAUUCCCGACGCUGAUGUUCUUGGAGUUACUGUGAUUCUCCUAACCUGCGCUUACGAUGGUCGUGAAUUCGUCCGAGUAGGCUACUACGUGAAUAAUGAAUAUGAUUCUGAGGAACUUAACACUGAUCUGCCGGCCAAACCCAUCAUUGAGCGCGUGCGGCGCAACGUGCUUGCUGAGAAGCCCCGUGUCACUCGCUUCGCCAUCAAGUGGUAUGUCGAGCGACCCUUCUGCUUGCUUGCUUUCAGUUUUUUGUUCAUGUUGCUGAUGAAUCCCAAUAGGGACUCUGAGGCUUCGGCCCCUCCUGAAUUCCCCCCAGAGCAACCCGAGGCAGACCUUGUUGCAGAUGGGGAUGAGUACGGUGCCGAGGAGGCCGAGGAAGAGGCUGCUGCCGAAGCCGCCGAAAAGGCUGAACUCCAGCCUGGGGAGGACGCUGAGAUGGCUGGAGUUGAACAGGAGAAUGGGAACGCCGAAGAGAAUGGGCAGGAGGAGGAAGAAAUGUCCGAGGAUGGCAGUGUUGAUAUUGAGGGGGAGAGUGAGGACGAACUCGACGAAGAGGAGGAGGCUGAGGCUGAAACCGAAGCUGGUGAGGACGAUGCUAUGGAGGUGGAUGACGCCGAAAAGCAAACCGACGCCCCAGCUGCCAAGCCCGUCACUGUUUCUUCCUAA